AUGCUGUCCAGAACUGCCGUUUUCGCACUGAUCUGUACCGCCCAGGCGCAUACAGUCGCCUGGACCAAGGGCAUGUAUUGCCUUGGAGGUCCAGAUCCUUCCUCGGUCAACCUCAACACCAACACCGCGGUGGGACCCCUUUACGACCUCACUAAGGAGGACUGGUGGUUCCAGCACGAGCGCGGCUGUGACGCAGCACCGCCGGCGGACGGUGAGAUUCUUGAACUUCCUGCUGGCGGGAAGUUCACCGUCGAACUCGCCCAUAACCGGGCUCAGACGACGCUUUCCUAUGAUGGAAAGUACUCUUCUGUUUGGCCGGAUGGAAAGGAUCACCCGGAAAACUGGGCGGGCCCCGGAAAUCCUCCUGAGUGCAUCCAGGACGACGGCGCAAUGCACACAAACAACGAGACCAUCGCUGCUGGUACAGCGUUUGCCAUUAGCUACCAGUCAAAUCUGGCUGAUGUUACCAUGGAUAAUCUGGCCGUGUUCACUACUUUGGAGCACACUCCAUGGAAACGCCUCGCUACCUAUGAGGUCCCCGCUGAUCUCCCUCCCUGCCCCAAGGGUGGCUGUACCUGCGCUUGGCUCUGGGUGCCCAAUGGUUGCGGACAACCCAACAUGUAUAUGGCCGGUUAUAAAUGCAAUGUCACCGGAUCCACCUCAACCAAGAAGGUCGCCCCUGCUCAGGUCGCUGUUCAUUGCGAAAACGACGCGACCAAGUGCGUCAAGGGUGCCAAGCAGAUGAUCGCAUUCAACCAGAAAACCGGAAACAACGUCCAAGUUCCCAAUGGAAAGACCCCGAUGUACAACACCGCUUGGGGUUGGAAGACUGGUGCCCAGAACGAUAUUUUCGUUUAA